GCUACGCUCUGCGGCUGGUGUUGCGCUGCGCGCGCGGUGACGUCCGCUGCCCCGCGCGCCUUUGCAGGCCCCUGCCAGCGUGGCCCUGCGACCUCUGGCGAGAGGGCGAGGCUGGUCGUGCGGCAGGCGGACGAACCAGAGCGCCGAAUCACCCCAG